AUGGCGCUCACUGCGCCCGAAGGCGGGAAGUUCCUCAAGGGGCUGGCGGUUCUGGACGACAUAGCCUACUUUGGGGUGUCGACAUGGGCGCCCCGUGACGUCCGCGCCAGCCCACAUCACGCCUGCGAAAUCGCGGCGUACGAUCUGACCGCGGGCCGCCUGAUCUGGCGGCGGCGCGUCGAGACGGGGGGGCUGCUCAACGUGAUUGCGGCGCCGCAUCUGGGGAAGGAGGGGUCCUACAGGGGCGUCUACAGCGGCGCGCCCCUCGACGAGCGCGGCCCGCCGGCGGCGGGCGCGGGCGGGAUGGUGGCGGCGGGCGGCGGCGCGGCGGUGGGCGCGGCGGUGGGCCGGCUGGAGCGGCUGGGGUACCCUCCACAGGCCUCUGGCUAUUGGUCCAGCGGCCUCCCCUUCAUGGGGCUGGACCUCAAGGCAGGGCACGAGCCCUGGUGGGCGCACCAGCUGCAGCUGCCGCUGCUGCACGUCGACGUGGCGGCUGCCAAGGCGAGCCAUUGGAUGCGCCCUGCUGCAGACGCCCACCUGGCUUCACUGCCGCCAGAAGUGUGGGACCCCGCCCACCAGGCCGCCUCCAACGCCGCCAUGACGGGGCGCCGCGCCAACAUGGACCGCUUCAAGCCGGGGGUGGAUGCCAUCGUGCUGAUGUUUUCCAGCCAGGAUCUCUCCAAGGUGUUUGAGUUCCCCUACUACCGGCUGUUCGCACCCACCCUGGAGCCGCUGCUGUUAGAGAUCCUGGGCCCAAUCGACAUCCACAACAUUGUGCGCCUGCAGCUGGCCCGCAUGCGGCCGGGCGCAGCCGAGAUACGGCUGCACCAGGCAGCUGCAGGGCUGCACGCGGCGCGUGUUGCAAGCCAGCAGCAGCGACAUGAGCAGCAGCAAUCGCAGCAGCAGCAGCAGCAGCAGCAGCAGCAGCAGCAGCAGCAGCAAAUGCAGCAGCAGCGACAGUUACGGCAGCAGUCAAUGAAGCAGCAGCAACAGGAGCAGCAGCUGGAGCUGGACGGCCGCUGCGUUCGCCUCGACGCCCCCGAGGGCCUCGUGUUUGAGCUCAACAACCGCGUGGCCCACAGGGUCUCCAACCUCGGAUCGGCCGAGCGCAUCCACCUCGUGGUGGACGUCGCCGAGCAGCCGGCGCCGCGCACGGCGCUGGCGCCGGGGUCGGUCUGCCACUACAGCAGCGCGCGCGGGAUGGACUGCCUGGGUCCGGGCGGGGAGCCCGUGGCGCCGUAG